CUGGACCAUCGUGAACUGGAACGGAGCUGGCUCUCUCCCCGCCCCGGCCGUAAUCUAAUCGCCGAUGAGCGGAUUCCCUUUUCUCUGUUCCCCUUUUUUUGAAAAAAAAAAAAAGGAAAUAAGCGAAUAAAUUACUCGGUUAGAUGCUAAAACCAAGUGGAGCAGAGGAAACACGCGUUUGACCUCGCAAAAACCUUCUUUCUUCCUCCUUCCGUCCCAUCUUCGGAGAAUAGAAGAGGAGAAGAUCGCAUUCAACCUUCUCCAACUCGAUCCAAAAUCGAGAAAUAUCUACCUCGCCGUAUUCUGCACAGAAAAAGGUCGAGGAUUGAGGUCCUCGAUUUAGUCCCACAUCGGCGGAUCGAUCGGAGGACAAGGAGAAGGAAAGAGGACGGAGGAGCAACAAUUGUUGGUGGGGAAUUGGGACGGGUAGAGGUGGAGGAGGGAUGAUGGGGGACGGAGUGAAGCAGAUCCUGGCAAAGCCGAUCCAGCUGGCGGACCUGGUGACCAAGCAAGCGGGUGACGCGCACACCUGCCGGCAGGAGUGCAUCGAGCUCAAGGCCAAGACCGAAAAGCUGGCAGCCCUCCUCCGGCAGGCCGCGCGGGCGGAGCUCUACGAGCGCCCCGCCCACCGCAUCAUGCUGGACACCGAGCUGGUCCUGCAGAAGGCGCUGGGCCUGGCGUCCAAGUGCCGCGCCCACGGCCUGAUGCGCCGCGUCUUCACCAUCAUCCCCACCACCGCCUUCGCCAAGAUGUCCACCCAGCUCGACAACUCCAUCGCCGACGUCUCAUGGCUCCUCCGCGUCUCCAUCGCGGGGGCCGACGACGACCAGCUCCACGGACUGCCCCCCAUCGCCCAGAACGAGCCCAUCCUCUUCCUCAUCUGGGACCACAUCGCCACCCUCCACACGGGCUCGCUCGACGCCCGCUCCGACUCAGCCGCCGCGCUCGCCUCCCUGGCCCGCGACAACCUCCACUACGCCAAGCUCAUUAUCGAGGAGGACGGCGUGUGGCCCCUUCUCCGCCUCGUCAAGGAGGGCCGGGUCGAUGGCCAGGAGAACGCCGCCCGCGCCCUCGGCCUCCUCGGCCGCGAUGAGGAGAGCAUCGACCGCAUGCUCCACACUGGCGUGUGUACCGCCCUCACCAACCUCCUCAAGGACGGAGGCCCCAUGCGCGCACAGGCCGCCGCCGCCUGGGCCGUCGCCCAGCUCGCCACCAACCACCCCGCCUGCCAGGACCUCUUCGCCCAGAACAACGUCAUCCGAGUCCUCGUCGGCCACCUCGCCUUCGAGACCGUGCAGGAGCACAGCAAGUACUCCAUCAUACCCACCUCCAAGGCCAUGUCCAUCCACUCCGUCGUCCUCGCCACCACUACCAAAAAACCCAAUUCCGAUGACGACAGAAGCAGCAGCAGCCAAUUCCCGCAUCAUCCCAAUGCGCGGUCCCAAAUCCACUCCGUGAUCCAAUCCACCAUGGCUUCCGCCAAAUUCUCCAAACUCACCGCUGCGGCAGCCAACGGCGCCGUGCCCCCCUCGAAGCCCCAUCUCUCCUCCGGAUUCGGAACCAAGGGGAGGGAUUCGGAGGACCCGGCAACCAAAGCCGAGAUGAAGGCGAUGGCGGCCAAGGCGCUGUGGCAGCUGGCCAAGAACAGCCUGGCCAUCUGCAAGAGCAUCACCGAGUCCCGCGCCCUCCUUUGCUUCGCCGUCCUCCUCGAGAAGGGCUCCGGAGAAGUCCGUUACAACUCCGUCAUGGCCCUUAUGGAGAUCGCCCGCGUCGCCGAGAACAGCCCCGAUCUCCGCCGCUCCGCUUUCAAGCCCACCGCGCCUGCCGCCAAGGCGGUCCUCGACCAGCUCCUCCGGAUCGUCGACAAGGGCGUCUUCGAUGAGCUUCUGAUUCCUAGCAUCACCGCGCUUGGGUGCCUGUCGAGGACCUUCCGGGCGACGGAGACGAGGGUCAUCGGCCCGCUGGUGCGGCUGCUGGAUGAGAGGGAAGCCAUCGUGUCGAGAGAGUCGGUGCUCGCGCUGACCAAAUUCGCUUGCAAGGAUAAUUUCCUCCGCGUCGAGCAUUCCAAGGCCAUCAUCGAAGCCGGGGGGGCCAAGCACCUCGUCCAGCUGGUGUAUCUGGGGGAACAAGUGCAGAUCGAGGCGUUAAUCCUGUUGUGCCACAUUGCCCUCAACGUUCCCGACAGCGAGGAGCUCGCGGAGGCCGGAGUCCCCGCGGUGCUCGCCUGGGCUUCGAAGCAGGGGCACAUGGUGCAGGACUUGCAGGUGGAUUCCUUGUUGCCGGAGGCCAAAGGUAGGAUGGAGCUCUAUCAGUCAAGAGCAUCUAGAUGAUCACCAUAUUAAUCCAGUGUGAGCUUUCUUCUUCUUGGCAAUCCAAAGGUUCCGAACUGUAUAUACAUCAAUUUUUCUGUUCCCCCAAUCUAAGGAGUUUGGUCAGCUGGGUAUAUGUGGUGCAUUUGUGUGCUUCUAAUGUUCUAUUAUUUUUUAUAAAUUUUUGUAUAUUAAGUGAACAAUUUUUAUAAAACCCAUGAAUCUGUUUUGAUGGUC